CACACUGUCAGCCUCUGAAUCUUGCAGAGCCAGCUCCUUCACCCUGAACCCAGAGAGGAAGGGUUGGAUUUCAUGAGAGCUGACACCAUAAGGUUUUGCUUUGUGCACUGUCCACCUUGCAAGCCCCAGCUCAGCAAUUUCUGGAGGAGACAUACUGAAAUGCACUCUGUUAGAUCCUGUUGAACUGCCUGCAUUGAAAGGUAAUUGCAUCAUGGGGAAGUCUUCCAUUCUCAUUUGUCUCUGGGGACACCUGUGAAGAUUGGUGUGGAGACAGCGCCCCAGGUUUCGGAUCUGAACUGAUAAAUGAAUGAGGAGAGAGUUGGGCACAUUCUGGAAGCAGGUGGUUUAAAGGUCAAUAAAGUGUUGGCAUAACCUGAUGACAGAGCCAUGUCCUUGAACAUAGGACCCAGGGGGAGGUUCUCCAUCUCACACUCUGCUGCCUGAAGAUUCCACAGCGUGCUUCACGGGUUCUAUUAAGAACCUCAGCUCACCAGUUGGGGGAAGAAUCAGAUCAAAGUACAUUUUUCAAGAUCACUAUACUCAGAGGACAUAUUUCAUCUUCUGGAAUAAUCUGCUACUUCUUGUCUUUUCCUGAGGAUCUCUGCAGAGACUGAAUGAGAGAACAGCUUUGCAGGAUAACAGGACUUGGGUAAAAUUCAAAAUUGUCCAUCUGCCAAAGAAUUGCAUCUACUGAAAUACACUUUGACCCCAGCAUUUUGGCCAGCUUUGAGAAUUAGCUCUACAAGUCUUCUUGCUUUACGUAUUUGAAAGGAUAAGGUACCUGCCAAGAUGUUCCAAUUACAAGGCCCACAAUUGCUACAGAUGCUAGAGAAAUCCUUGAGGAAAUUCCUCCCUGAGGCCCUAAAGGUUUAUGGGACUGUUUUCCACAUGAACCAGGGAAACCCAUUCAAGCUAAAAGCCCUGGUGGACAAGUGGCCCGAUUUUAAUACAGUGGUUGUCCGCCCUCAGGAACAGGAGAUGGUUGAUAAUUGGGAUCAUUACACCAAUACUUACCAAAUCUACUCCAAGGACCCCAAGAACUGUCAGGAAUUGCUUGGCUCACCAGAAGUCAUCAAUUGGAAACAGCAUUUGCAGAUCCAAAGUUCCCAGUCCAACCUGAAUGAGGUGAUACAAAAUCUCGCAGCCAGCAAAUCCUUCAAAGUCAAGCACACAGAGCGCUUUCUCUAUGCAGAACUUGACACUGUAAAGAAACUGAUUCCUUCCCUGUUGGAUGUAAAUAACUUACCACCUGGUGAUGGCAAACCCAAGGCCAUCAAUCAAGAAAUGUUUAAACUCUCAUCCCUGGAUGUUACCCAUGCUGCCCUGGUGAAUAAAUUCUGGCAUUUUGGUGGCAAUGAGAAGAGCCAGAGAUUCAUCGAGCGCUGUAUCCAGAAGUUCCCCACGUUCUGUCUGCUGGGGCCUGAGGGGAACCCUGUGUGCUGGGACCUGAUGGACCAGACAGGAGAGAUACGCAUGGCAGGCACCCUGCCUGAGUACCGGAAGCAGGGCCUCAUCUCCUAUGUCAUCUAUAUCCAGACCCAGGCUCUUAAAAACCUUGGCUUCCCCAUAUAUUCUCACACUGACAAGAAUAACAAAAUAAUGCAGAAAAUGAGUUACAAUCUGCAUCAUAUCCGCAUGCCCUGUACCUGGAACCAGUGGUACUGUGUGCCUCUGUGACACUGGUCUACAAACAAGUGUCAGAUGGGCACCAACAUGUGGCUGGAGCAAUGGGUGGGUGGGCAGAGAGAAAGAAUAAAUCGUACAUAAUUGUAAUUAUCAGUAAAGUAGUGGGCUCUGGGGAGGCAGUGUGGAUGUUCAAUACCAUGGUCCCUGCACUCAAUCACUGCUGGCUUCCCUUAGGUGUAUCAGGUUGAAGCAGCCCCAGGUACUCCACAUGGUUU